UACGCUCGUUGUAUGAGUAGUUGUAUCUAAGCAUCAGGCAGUGUUGAUCAAUGGACGACGUGAGCAGCGUUGCGCCGCGCAGCGCUGGCGAAGUAUGGGUGACCGUUAUCAACAAAGGCUUUGACCGAGGCUAACACCAUCUUGGAAAUCUAUAAUCUUUGUCUAUGGACCAACUGCAGAACAGUCUUGAGGACCUGUCCAUUAGGAAUCAGCUUCCUCAGCACAGUAAGGCUGACAAGCCUAUUCUUAAAGAUGAUUCUUUAUUGCACAGACAUGCAGAACUUCACAGUCAGACAUAUGAAACUGUUUAUGAGCUAGAAAGUAGACUUGAUGUAACUGGAUUACAAAAUGCACUGACUACUAACUACUUCCUUGUUAACUCUCAUGCUACAGGGCAAAAGUCACCAACCUAUGCAUUAGAGCAUCAGAAAAGUGCCAUAACUGGUGAUACCAUGAUUUCACAGAGCAAAUCAGUGAAAGGCAUAAGCAAUCCUUACAAUCGACCUCUUAGUGCUAAAGAAGCAAAUGAUGAUAUGCAAAAACAAAGAAAGAGAUAUAUAGCAUCACCUAGUGGCAUAGCAAUCAUUUCUGCCAGUUUAUCUAACCUUCAAAACACUCCAAAUGAUCGUAGGGCUGCACUCGAUUAUUAUUCAGGAAGUUCACUGCAGUAUAACACCUUCAUGCGUCCACAGAGUGGCUUGCGCAAAGACUUGCCUCCAGAUGCAACAUUACCACCACAACAAGUUUGCCAUUCUUCUUUAAAAGCCGGGAACUCUAAUGUUCAGUUUCAAAAAUCCCCGGGUUUGAACCAGUUUACUGGGAAAGUUAUCCAGAAGCAAAAUAACUCAGAUCAAAGCCAGUCAUUGUUCGGGAAAGGACUACUGGUCCCUCCAGAAAGUUCUAAUCAUGUCGCUCAAGCUGCUAAGGCAGCAGCAGGGAGCUGUGAUGUACAGCAAAAGUCUAAUACUUUUGGUAAAUGGAAUCCAAAUUACCCACAAUGCACAUAUGUUGAAGCUAAUUACACUAUUCAUAAGGAUGCCUCAUUGGCUGGAGGCAAUGCACACAAAACAUUCCGCAUUGGCAGUAACAAAACCCGUUCACCAUUAUCUGUAUCAAUUAACAUAGAAAAGUCUUCACCAGUCGGUAAGGAUAUCAACACGCUCAAGCUUCAGCCAAGCCUUCCAUCAUCACUACAUACUGGUGGGAAAGGCCAUGGUCAUCAAGGUGGAUAUGGCAAGAAAGGACCCCUGACUGUUCCUCUUCAUGGCUUUUUCAACCAGGGUGAUGGAGAUUUUAAAGAUAGUAACCCACUUGUCUACAGUCGUAAAGGUAGCUUAUUGCGCAGCACAAAAAUAGAAACUGGAUGGAAGGAACAUGCAACACUUGGUAAACUCAGUUACAAGAAACCUUUAGAAGAAUCCAACAAUGAAAAAAAAGUAAAGGAAUUACCUAUAGCUGGUGAAGAACGUUUUGGAGGAGAUGGUGCACCUUCCGUUAAUGGUGAUGUUAAUGGUGAUGUUAAUGGUGAUGUUAACGGAGAGAAGAAGUAUCCAGUUCAAGAAAAUUCAGAUGAGGAAGAUGAGGACUCCACACCAUCAGAAGAGCGUUUACCUGGAGAUGGUGAGGCAAGCUGUGAUGACUGGAAUGAAGAUGAUGGUAUCGAUGACCUGUAUGAGGAUGAUAAUGAAGAUGAUAGUGAUACUGACUCAGACGAUGUCACCACUACCAGCAGUCUGUCUAACAAAACCUCCUCUACCAUAUGCUUUAAGUCUGCCACAAAGCACCAUUCUACUACUCAGAGUGAAACAACAAAUGAAGAGCCUGCUUAUUGCUGUAUCGAAACUCAGACUUCUUUAGAAGAGACCGUUCUGAAACCAGCUCUGUGCCCGAGUUUGUUUCCUAAUAUUCCGCCCACCAUAAAUUUUGUGGGAGAAGGAGAAAAAGUGGAACAAUUACCAUGGGCAAUACGAAAGCUGCUGAAGUGGCGCAUGAGCCCCAUCACACCAAACAUUGUGAAAUCAGCCAUAGCAAGAGCCCACUUUCGUGUCACAAAAAAAAACCAUGACUGGAUUGGUUGCUUUGGAAAACACAUGAAGUCAACAGGAUUUAAAUCCUUACGAGAAUACCAGAAGAUAAACCACUUUCCAGGCUCUUUCCAGCUAGGACGCAAGGAUCGACUGUGGAGAAACUUAUCAAAGAUGCAGUUAAAUUUUGGAAAACGGGAAUUCUCUUUCUUUCCACAAACUUUUGUGCUGCCUUCUGACUUUAAACUGCUGAAACGUGCCUUUGAAGAUGGCAGUUCUCGCCAGAAAUGGAUUGUUAAACCGCCUGCUUCGGCCAGAGGAAUAGGCAUCAAAGUCAUCAACAAAUGGAGCCAGCUGCCUCGAAGACGAGCUGUUAUCGUUCAAAAGUAUCUAGCCAAGCCACUUUUGAUCAAUGACAGCAAGUUUGACAUGCGGGUGUAUGUUUAUGUCACCUCCUAUGAUCCACUAAGAGCUUAUGUUUUCGAGGAUGGCCUUGCAAGAUUUGCUUCUUGCAAGUAUUCACAGUCUGCGAAGAGUCUGGGCAACAAGUUCAUGCAUCUGACAAAUUACAGUGUCAACAAACAUAAUGCUGAAUAUCAGAGCAACGCUGAUAACACAGAGUGCCAAGGUCACAAGUGGAGCCUCAAGUCACUAUGGAGCUACCUGAAAAGGCAUGGUGUCAAUACAGCAGCUAUUUGGGAAAAUAUCAAGGACAAAGUAGUCAAAACUCUCAUCAGUGCAGAGUCUUCAAUUAACAGCAUGAUUAAAAGUAGUGUUCGAAGCCGUUAUGUGGUCCAUGAACUUUUUGGUUUUGACAUCCUGCUUGAUGAGAACUAUAAGCCUUGGGUGCUGGAAGUCAACAUAUCACCCAGCCUGCACUCCAACUCACAGCUAGACGUCAUUGUCAAGGGGCGGUUGAUCUGUGACAUGCUGAACCUGGCAGGCUUACGAAUUCCAGACAAAAAUGAUGUUUCACAUGGAAACCAGCAGAAUGUUGCAACAUCAGAUUUAAGUGCACAUAUACCACCCAAUAACUUCUGCAUAGAUAAGCGAUUGCUUACCAACCAGCUGGCUUCAGAUGAACGAGCCAAGCAUAUUUAUUACUGCUCUAGACAUCAAGAUGAGCAGGCACUCCAGACUAUCCUUGACACUUUGACUCCUGAUGAUGUGAGGAUUCUUACAGAAUCUGUUGAUGAAGACAAUCGAAAGGGUGGGUUUGUACGAGUGUUUCCAACCCCAUCAACCAAAAAGUACUUGGGAUACUUUGAACAACCACGCUAUUACAACCUGCUUUUACAUCAGUGGAUUCAACGCUAUAAUCAUAUAGAGCAGAAAGGCAUUUCAUUGCUGCAAUCACUUUGUGAAGACAGGAUUCAUUUGGAAAGUCCUUUUGAUGGCCAUAGACACCAGUGGAUUAUGCCUAAUUAUGCAACUAUGCCAGCUACUCAUGACAUUCGCCAACCAGGAGCAUCACUGCCUAAGACCAAAGACAGCUCAGGAGGGAAAACAAAAGACACUCAGUCUGCGUCAAGACUACCACAAGUACGGAAUGGAGUGACCGGGCCAUCAUUUUGGUUUUCCCAGACUACUACCUCAGGGUUUUCUAACACAAACAGUAGUCCUUCUUUAAACUCUCGGGGACACAUCUCACAAAACACCUCCCAAGUUUUCACAAAACCUUAUCUUCAAAUAUCCAGAUGAUGACCCAUCCAUCUGCUUCCUCAUCAAAUCAAGUUCCUCAGUGUUACACUCUAAAAUUUUACUAUUGAUGUAACAUACUUAGCAGACAUUGCAAAAGAGACUGUAACUACUGCAACCUUGACAGUGACAAAAAUGGGUACUCUCUACAAGAUCAGCUGGAUCAGAAUCCCUUGACAAGCACGUUAUUCAGGGCUUGUGUGUGUUUGUCAGUAUGUUAUCUCAGGACUUCAUUGCUGUGAUAAUAAAACCCAUGUGAUUGUGCAUUAUACAUGUAUUGCUAUCAGGGCAUAGUACUAAAAAUCUAGGCAAGAUGUUCUAUAAUUUACUUUCUAAUUUACAUUAAUAGACCUUCAGCAUCACUUCAUGCUGUCUUGUGUGCCUAACUUCUUGAGAAAACCCAAAGAGUCAAGCUUUAUUAGUUUGUUAAAUAUGCUACCUUGCUUUCCCUUAUAAAAAGUGCAUUAUUAACCAUUUCGUGCCAAAGAAGUAUCUAACAAAUUAAAGUACCCUACCAUGCGGCAGUUUGUUUUAAUGCCUUACUUGCCAUCAUCUCAGAGACUAGAAACCAAAAUGAAUUCUGAAGAAGCUUCUGGUUGACUAUGGCAUUCAUAAAUGGUUUACUGUAAUGCCUGAAUUAUUCAGGAGCGUCUCCUCUUGCCAUGAAAUGCUGAGAUUAUUGUUUUUGUGCCAAACCCAGCAUUGUACAGUAAUUUGUUUUGCUAAAGGAUCUAAUAUUUUUGCAGGUUUUUUUUUUUCAGUAAACAUUAUUUUGUAUUCCAAUUUCUAGCUCUUCCCUAACCCACUUAUUUACUCCUGAAACAAUGUGUCUGAUGGGCUAGUAGUAAUUUUAACAUUGCAGAAGAAAAAUUCAUUUAUUUGCCAAGUGACAUUGCACAAGGAAUAUAUGUUAAUGAUGACCGCCACUCACUUCACAAAUACAAAUCUUACACAAACAAACACAGAUACGAAAUGCAAAUAAAAAAUGUCAAAGACAUUGAUCUUCUUGCACUCACAAUGUGACAAACAAUCCAUUAGCUGGGUGUGAUGCAUCAAUCCUACAUGCCCUGCACAAACUGUAGGUCACAUCCAAUAGCAAUCUAACAGUGUUUACCACACUUUUGCAAUUUUCUGCUUCUGGGUGCUGCUGCCAUUCCAUACUUGUGAUUGAGAAUAUUGAAACACUAUCAAUCACUGUCCAGUAAAACUGGACCAAAAUCUCUUUCCUAAGCCAGACUUUUUCUGGUGCAGAAAGUAAAGUUGUUGGGCCUUCUUGAUGAUAAACAGAACAUUGUUGUCCUAGCUGAGGUCGUUGGAGAUGGUUGAUCCCAAAAACCUGAAGACCAAUGUGCAGUCCCCUCAGCAUCCAGAUUAAAAAAAAAAUGGUGAUAGUUAUUACCCUCUAUGAAUGCUUUAUUGUACAGUCAGAGACUGUCCACCAGAGAAAUUGAUUUCAAACUUUGCAUGAAUGUUGAUUCAUUGACAAUACCAUUUUAUCUAUUUUCAGCAGUAGUAUAUAUAUGAAAAUAAUCAGAUUUUUGGUGAUGUCUAUUUAAUCUAGACUAGCAUCAUCAGAGUUAUGGAUACACAUUAAGAAAUAGUCACCAUACUUUAUUUAGCACUUCUAAUCAGCUUCAUCUUUUAUAUUGUGGAGCAAGCUGUUAGAAUUAUUGCAUAGUUUUGCACAUUUUGUAGUAUUCUACUUUGGUAAUCUGUACAUUUGCACAUAUAACAUAGAAAUAUUUAAAAAAUCAGUUGCUCUUUCAUAUGGUUUAGCAGGUAGCUUGUACUUGGGCCAUUUUUUUGCUCUUAUUUGCCUGGUCACUAGAAGAUAAAUAAAGGUUUUUCUUUUACUGGUUUUGUAAGAACAUCACGUUUAAUCACACAAGGUGCAGCAAAACUAUAUUUCAAAACUUCAGUUCUCUCCUUCCUCUAAGGGUCUGUGUAUUUUUUCUAUUCACAUUUUUUUAUGCAUUCUUACAUGUGUACAGAAAAUAUUUAUCUUGGCUGUUCCAAAAUCAGCAUUAUUAUAUCUGUGAUUACUUAAUUUUGCACAAUUUUUUAAAGUGGAUAUUUAUGCCACAUCGAAAUUUGACAUUCCGCUCACCUCUAUGCUUGGUAGUUGCCUGAUCUCCUAGAACAUCUACAAAUAUGAUCUGAUUAUAAAUACAUAAGCAUGUGCAUAUAGUUUUUAUUCAUGCAUCAGUACUGAAACAUUUCAAGUUGUGAUACCUGUAUUACAGCAAAUUCAUACACAGGAUGUGAUAUUUAAACAUGUAAACAACAACUGAAUAAAAUUUGUAAAAUAUUGUCACGCAGAGCACAAAUGUAUGCAAAAAAGAUUUUGUAUUUUAUUUCUUCAGUUUAAAAAAAAAUCCCUCUCUUCUUGUUCAUGUACUUAAAUUCAGUCAUGCUUUUACUAGCUUUAGGAACGUAAAGCUUCAGAAUUCUUCUAAUGCUGAUAAUUUGUGCUAAUAUUGUAAUGAGCAAUUAUAGCUACUUUUCAAACAAAUAAAAUCAGCAAAAGUUGUUUCUAGAGCAUGAAGUACUUCGUGUAAGUAAUAAGCUAGUUGAAAGUUCAUGGGUUAACGACAGGUCUUGAGCAGGAUACAGAAUCUUGUUGUCCCAAAAAUGUCAUACCGUGCUAUCACUAUUAAGGCUGAAUGUCAGAUGAUGUAAAAUUGUCAUUUUCAUAGAAGUAAUAUCUUUGUAUUUUAUUUUCCUACUUGCAGAAUUAAAAUUUCAUAACACAUCAGUUUCUCUUAAUGUAUUUCAUGAUUGAGUCAUUGCAAUUUUGGUGCUUGACAAAAAUAAGUCCUUUGUCUUUGUGAGAAUGCAAACAUAAGGGUUUUCAAAACUCUCUACUGUAAUUUUUUGCCAAAAAAGUUGUGGGUGUCUAACUUUCAUUGCUUGGUUAAAAUAUUUCUCUCAGAUGCAUUCCAGUAUUUUUAAAAAACUUAGAAUGCUGUAUUUUCUUCAUAAAUUUGUAUAAUCCAUGUUUCAAUUUUUCAAAAAGGAAAUGAUACCAACACAUAUAUUUUGUAUCAUUAUUUACUGAUAUCACAAGCAUGUGCAAAUAAAUAAAAAGCUGCUGAAAUGUA